GAAUGGGACAAUGAACUGGAGCGGCUAGCUCAAAUAUGGGCUACCAAGUGUGUUUUUGAGCACGGGAUGCCGGAUAAUGAUUAUCCAGAUACUAUCGGUCAAAACCUUUACAUCGGCACCGAUCCCACGGGUUACAAUGCGGUGUGGUUGUGGUACGAUGAAUACAAUUAUUACGAUUUGAAAAAUCAGUAUUGCCGACCAGAAAAGCAAUGUGGCCACUUUAUACAGUUGGCCUGGGCUCCCAGCCACCGGCUUGGAUGUGGAAUGCAUAAGUGUGGAAUGCGGUACUUAAUUGUUUGCCAUUAUAGCCACCAGGCAUUGAGGGGUGUACAGAUGUAUCUUGUGGCUAAACCUUGCUCGCAGUGUCCAGAAAAGGAAGGAGCUUUAUGCUUAAAGAAUUUAUGUCUGAGUUGGGAGCAGUGCAAGCGUUUACCUUUUGAAUGUGAGUUUGCCAAAUGCGACUUAGAAUGCCACAACUGCGGGAAGCUUGACAAAGAAAAAUGUCGCUGUGAGUGUGCAGAUGGAUGGGAUUCUUCAGACUGUUCAAGUGUAUGUGAAGACCAGCAUAAAAGAUGUGGCAAAAGUCCGGGUUGGCCAUCAAUAGCUGCUUGUUCAUUAAACAACCACGCUGUGGCAGAGACAUUUUGUCGAAAAAUGUGUGGCAAAUGCAAACCUGUCAGCGAAGAGAGUAUACCGAACGACGCUUGUUGUUCUGGAAAGCUGUGCGAAGAUGGUCAAGUUACCAGUUCUUCAGAAGAAUACUGUGAAUGUGUUCUACCAUGCCCAGGUCCAAAAUGUGAAAAGAAUAUGGCAGCAACUGAGGCCAUGACAACGGAAGACAUGCAGGAAGAAGGUGAUUAUGGAGGGAGAGACGAACCAUCUACAAGCAGAGGAGGAAAGCUACAGUGGAAUAUUCUGCUUUUCUUGAUUUACCACAUUAUUUAAUUUUGAUUUUUAA